GCGGUGGGCCGGACCAACUCCCUGCUCCGGGCAGGAGAGGCCGCCGAGCCGCCCGUCGUGGAAGACCUCCAGGAAGAGGACACCACUGCUGGAGCUGGGCCACACGGCACUGCAGAGCAAAGCAGCUGCUCACCUCCGUCCUGCGCUUUGCUUGGUUUGUCAAGGGUCCUCCGAAGUCAGCCCAGCCGCUGGGUAGCAGAGGCCAGUGAUGCUGCCCAGACCCGGCGUCUAUUACUUUCCCUGGGAGGUCAGCGCUGGCCACGUUCCUGAUGGGGGCACGCUGAGAACAUUUGGCAGGUUGUCCCUCUACGACACAGUCCACUCCAGAGCGACUCUGACAGUCCAGCACGGGUCUGAGCAGCACCAGGUUCUCGUGUGCACCAAGUUAGUGGAGCCAUUCCAGGCCCAGGUGGGCGCUCUGUACGUUGUCCUUGGGGAGCUGGACCAACAGAAGGGGACCCGGCCACAGUGGCACCGGCGACCGUGGAGCCCCGUGGGAGGCCUGGAUGGCACGUCGGUGGUGAAGGCCCGGGUGCUGACCUGUGUGGAAGGGAUGAAUCUGCCCUUGCUGGAGCAGGCCAUCCAGGAGCAGAGGCGGUACCAGCAGGGACGGGACGGCGGCUCUUAGGAGGUGGCGGCCCCCAGAGCUGCCAGAGCUGCUGCCGACCCCUGGAGCUGUCAGAGCUGCUGCCGAGGUGUAGGGGCAGCCUUCCUCUGCAGCCGGGUGGGGUUAGGCCAGCCCUGUCCCUAGUUUGGGAUUGUCCCAGAAAGGAGAGCCCAGAGAGUGGGUGUCAAAGAGACUGCAAAGAGACCCCCCACAGCUGUGCCUGGGGUGGGCCGCGGAGGGUUCCAGAAGGUCUUCGAGAAUAAAGGCCGCAGAGGCCGUGACCUCA